AUGUUCUUCAUUUCACCGAUGUCAGAUGACCCUUAUAAAAACAUCUAUUUAUAUAUCUAUCUACCUCUCUCACACUCUUUUUGUCUCUCUCUCUCUCUCUUUCUCUCUCUCCAUAAUUUAAUAUUUGAUCUUCGAUAUUUAAACGCAUUUUUAUCUUUAACUUCUGUCUUCUUAAUUCAUGUUCACUUACUCCCCCUCUUAACUCUCUCUCCUUCUAUCUCUCUCCUCUCUCCCCUCAUCUAUCUCUCGCUCCCCUCUCUCUCCCCCUCUAUAAUCUCUCUCCCUCUGUCUCUCUCCCUCUUCUCUCUCUCUUCUAUCUCUCUCUUCCCUCUAUCUCUUCCCCUCCUCUCUCUUCCCCUAUCUCUCCCCCUCUCUCCUCCUCUCUCUCCCCUGUAUCUCUCCCCUCUCUCCCUCCUCUUAAUCUAUCCCCCUCUAUCUCUAUCCCUCCCCUCUUCCCUCUAUCUCUCCCCGUCUCUCCCUCCUCUCUCUCACCUUCUACCUCUCUCCUCUGUCUCCACCUCUAUCUCUCUCCCUCCUCUCCCUCCUCUAUCUCUCUCUUUCCCCCUCUAUCUCUAUCCCCCUCCUCUCUCUUUCCUUCUAUCUCUCACCCUCUAUCUCUCUCCCUCCUAUCUCUCACCUUCUAUCUCUCUCCUGCCUCUCCCCUUCUAUCUCCCCCUCUCUCUCUCUCCUUAA